AUUCGUAUCCUCUUUUUUACUCAGACACAUAUCAAUUCCUCCAAUAUGCCCCUCGAUUCAAACGUCGUCACCAAGCUACGAGGCAUCGUGGACGGGGCCUGCGCAGAUCAAACUGCAGGUAUCCCCGGCACGUCUGUCGUCGUGGUUAGCAGAAGCGGCGAGGAGCUGUUUGCCCACGCGGCGGGGAAGAGAGGAGUCGCCUCCCAGGAACCCAUGACGCUCGACAAUGUGUUUUGGAUUGCAUCCUGCACAAAGAUGCUGACUGGCGUUGCCGUCAUGCAGCUGGUCGAGCAGGGGUUGCUCAAGCUCGACGAUGGGGAGCAGACGGAGAAGAUUGUGCCUGAGCUCAAGGAGCUCAAGGUUUUGAAUAAGGAUGGCAAGUUGGAGGACAAGAAGAGGGCUAUUACUCUUCGCAUGUUGUUGACGCAUACGUCUGGAUGUGCGUAUACCUUCUUCAAUGAGAGGUUGAGGGACUGGACUCUUCCUGCUGGGUUUGAUGAGUUUUCAGGUCGUCUUGAAGACAUCAAGAUGCCUCUGGUGUUCCAACCGGGAGAAGGCUGGGAAUAUGGUGUGGGCAUCGACUGGGCGGGCUUGGCCCUGGAGCGAGUCAGUGGGCUGUCGCUCAACGACUAUCUCCAGAAGCACGUGUUUCAGCCCCUGGGCAUCAAGAACAUGUCUAUGCUCCCCGGCAAGGAUAUGCGAUCUAGACUGGCCUACAUGCACGCGAGGGAUCCCGACGGGAAGCUUCGGCCAAGAGAUCAUCUCUUGAGGCUGCCACUGGUUGUGGACCCAGACAACAAGUCUGAAACGGGUGCCUUGUUUAACAGCGGAGGAGCAGGCAUGUUUGCGCAACCACAGGAGUAUUGCAAGGUUCUGGCGGUGCUCCUCAACAAUGGAACAUGCCCUCGAACAGGGGCCAAGAUCCUUCAAAAGGAGACGGUGGACGAAAUGUUCCGCAACCAGAUUGAAAAGUUCCCCAACGCAUCUCGGCAGUUCAUCCCAGCGGCCAAGCCGGAUCUCACCAACCCGAUCCCCGAGCUGUACCCCGUGUCGGGGAACCCUCCGCAGGGCUGGGGUUUGACCUUCAUGAUGUCCAACGGCGGAGGUACGGGGAGAUCAAAGGGCACGGUGCACUGGGCUGGUCUGGCGAAUCUCUGGUGGUGGUGCGAUAGGGAGAAUGGCGUUGCGGGCAUGGUUUGCAGUCAGAUUCUGCCCUUUGCGGAUGCCAAGGUUCUUGGGCUCUGGGCCGAGGUUGAGGCUGAGAUUUACAAGGCGAUCAAGUAG